AUGACUUCUGGAGGGCCAAAAUCAGCAGCAUCCAUUCUCUUGAUCGUUAACCUUGUUCUGUAUUUUGUUGUGAUUGUGAUUGCUUCUUGGGCUGUCAACCAUGGCAUCCAAAGGUCUCGUGAUACAGCUUCUGUUUUAACAAUUCCAGCGCGAAUAUUUCCAAUCUACUUCCCAUUUGGGAACAUGGCAACUGGUUUCUUUGUGAUUUUCUCCCUCCUUGCUGGUGUUGUUGGCUUUGCCACCUCACUUACUGGACUUCACAACGUUGUCCAAUGGGACAGCCCCAACUUGCACGCAGCUGCUGCCUCUUCUCUUGGAACUUUCUCCCUCACUCUUCUUGCCAUGGGAUUGGCUUGUAAAGAAAUUCAACUUGGUUGGACCGAUUCGAACUUGCGUACUUUGGAGACCAUAACAAUAAUAGUGAGUGCAACGCAGUUGUUUUCUACUUGUGCCAUCCAUGCUGGGGUUGAAGAUGUUAUUGUUCGAGAAAGGGGCCGCACUGGAAGAUUUUAA